UUUUCCUUCUUGUUGUGCAUUUGUGAAUAGGCCUGUAUCACAUGCUGAGCGAUUGAUUUUAUGCGCAGGUUCAUUUGAGUGAAAUAUUCAUUUGGCGACUUUUAUUUCUACCUGUUUUCUAUAUCCGACCCACAUAUGGACAUACCGAGGGAUCAUUUCUGCUUUAAACCUCUCGACAUGAGAUGAAACCCUAGAGGAGAUGCUAUGUGUACUGAAUAACGAAAAGAAGAGGACGCGCUAUUUUGGAGGCGAAUCGAAUUUGAUCAACCUUUCAUUUCAGGGUUGCUCAGAAUGCUUAAAUUCUAAGCCAUCAACUUAAAUGUAUAAUAUAGGAACUGUUAUGCAGGCAUGCUGAUGAUUCAUAUAUGGUGCAAUGGAUUUGGUAACCAUACGGUAAGGGAAGUGUUGUAGUGAAUAUUUUAUACAGAGAAGGUUUCUUGUUAUAGGCUAUUUAAGCAGAUGAUGGUGGCACUCCAAAGCAAUUAACACCCCAAUGGCCGACAUUGGCAUAUAUGCAAUAUAGGAUAUAAAAUAGCCUAAUCUCUUUUCUCUUGGCAUUAGGGGUUAAUGUUGGAAUCUGUUUGUUUGGCAUAAUUUGUUAAUUAGCAUUAGUAGUUUAUAAGUCUUAAUUUAGAAGACAAGAAAAGACGGGAUACUUCAGAGACCGUAAUCAGCUUAAGGUUUACAGCAGCUAUAGUUGGUGGCACUUUUGCAUUGUGCAUUGCUUUCCAGCCCCUAAGUGGCUUGCUACUAUAGUAUUUCUAAUAUAAUGGACCCCAAUCAUAUGGAUGAUGGUUCCUCCAGUGAUGGCAUGGAGAUGGAGAUCAUGCCUGGCUAUACAGAGCUCAUCACUAGAGCAUAUUCAGUCAUGUUCAGUGCCUUUAGAGACUGUAAAGACUGUGGGCUGGAGCUGUCCAGGAGAACCUUGCUGGAUCAUGCAUACAUAACCUGGACGGAGAUCUUCAUGUUCCUCAUGUGCGCGGUCAUGUGGACGAAGGUGCGCAGGGGCCUGACUGUGUACAUCUUUGAGCCUUUUGCACAAUGGUGUUGUAUCCAACCAAAAGAUGUCUCAAAGAUGCCGGAGAGUGCAUGGAAGCUGGUCUUCUACACAAUGUCAUGGUCAUACAGCACAUACCUUUUGUUUUUCACUAGCUAUUCCUUCUUUCAAAACCCCCCAUCUGUGUUUUACGACUGGAAGAGUGGGAUGUCGGUUCCCACUGAUAUCACAAUAGCUUACCUAAUCCAGGGCAGCUUCUACGGCCAUUCCAUAUAUGCCACCAUUUACAUGGAUGCCUGGAGGAAGGACUCCCUUGUGAUGGUGGUGCAUCACUUUAUCACUCUGGCCCUGAUCACAUUCUCCUAUGCCUUCAGAUACCACAACAUUGGCAUUCUUGUCCUCUUUCUUCAUGACAUCAAUGACAUUCAGUUGGAGUUCACCAAGCUCAAUGUUUACUUCAAGACCCGGGGAGGGAAAGAGUACCUCAUCAAUGAUGUCCUGUCCAACAUGGGGGCCAUUAGUUUUAGCAUCACAUGGUUUUGGUUCCGUUUGUACUGGUUCCCCCUCAAAGUUAUGUGGGCCUCCUGUGUCACCAGCAUCCAGUCGGUUCCCCACAUCCCUUUCUACUUUUUCUUCAACAUACUCCUGUUUGCCCUGCUCCUCAUGAAUAUCUACUGGUUCCUGUUCAUUGUUCUGUUCGUGGUGAAGGCCCUGACGGGCCAGAUGACGGAGGUAAAUGACGUCCGGGAGUACGAAGAUGAGAACCUAAAGGAGCAAAAAGACACUAAUGAUCCGAUGUCUACUGAAGGGAAACACGUGCAGAACGGGAUCACCAAGAAGAAACAUCUAUAAUGUCUAGGUGCUGCCACCUGCAGGCACUUAACGAUGACUGCAAGGAACUUGCGGUGGGAGUGCCUGAUAUCUCUGCCGGUGAGAAA